UGGUCACACUACCGAUGCACUUUCUAAUCAGGUUUUUGGGCAGAUAAACACAAUCAAAAUAGAUUUUAAACUUUCAGCUCUGUUUAACACUUUUUAAUCACAUGGAAAUCACCUGGGAGAUAGUUCUCUGCCUGGCCAUUGCGGUGCUGGUUCACAUUCUGGUCUUCCUGUUCGUCAUGGCCAAGAAACCAAAGAGCAUCGUGGGUCGUCAUGUGGUGGUCACCGGCGGUUCCAAGGGAAUCGGUCUCUGCCUGGCCGUGGAGUGUGCCAUGAAGGGCGCAAAUGUGACGGUGAUAGCUCGCGACGAGAAAAUGUUGAGCGGAGCUGUGGCUCUGAUGGAAGUGAUACGCCAGCGACCUGAUCAGAAGUUCCAAUACAGGAGCCUGGACAUUGGCGGAGACUACGAGAAGGUAUCCCAAGUUCUGGGCGAGAUUGAGGAUGCCUUCGGUCCCAUUUACACCCUUAUCAAUUGCGCCGGCAUGGCCAUUUGCGGGGUGUUUGAGGAGGUAUCCGUUCAGGAUGUGCACAAGUUGAUGAACGUUAAUUUCUUCGGCACCUACAACUGCACCCGAUAUGUCCUGCCCAAAAUGAAGAAGGCGGGUGAGGGCAUCAUUGUGAUCACCGCCUCUCAGGCAGCUAUGUUCGGCAUCUAUGGCUAUGGUCCUUAUUCCUGCACAAAGUACGCACUGCGAGCCAUGGCCGAGACGAUAGCAAUGGAGUCUCGGCAGCACGGGGUCAGUGUCACGCUGGCCAUGCCCUGCGACACAAAUACGCCCGGUUUUGAGGAGGAGGAGAAGUCGAAGCCACGCGAAACCAAAAUAAUUUCGGGCGGCGGUGGUCUUGUAGAGCCCGAGGUGAUGGCCAAGGCAAUACUCAAGGAUGCAUUGAGGGGCAACUUCACAUCAACGUUGGGCGCUGAAAGCUGGCUGAUCACUACCUUGGGCGGUGGACUGCUGCCUUGGGAUGGCUUCUUCACCAAUCUCCUGCAUGCCUUUGUGAUGGGACCCUUGCGACUAUUUAGCUAUGGCCUGCACAAGUACUUUAAUAGCGUGAUACGGAAGUGCGCUAGAGAGGAUCGCGCCAAGACUGGGUCCGAGGUGGAAACAAAGUGAAAACUUUGGUGCCUUGCUGUUUUUUUUAUUAAGUACAAAAAAUUUCAUUUGUCGUUCCACCAAAAAUAUCCUACUUGCUUUUCCAAAUAUUCAGCAUUUAAAUGGCUAUUUAUAUAAUGUAUGCUUUUUGCAAUUGCAGUUAGCAAGCUUAACAUUUGACCCAUAUUUAUACAUAUUUAUAGUCUCCAUUCGACACGCUUGGGCUCUUGGUUUGUUUGAACAAACUAAACUGUAUUAUUUAACGAGUUUGCUUUUAAAUUAUUCCAUUGGGCUUUACAGAUUCAUAGGUUUUCUUAUCACUGAAUUCUACCUUUAGCAUUACUGUGUUCAAUUAAAAAACGAUUAGAUAAAACCAAAAAAGCCAAGCAAACGCGAACACGUCAAUCAUCCCAGUCAACCCUUUAAAAAAACAGGUCAAACUUCAGCAAUUAAUAAGUUUAGUUUUGGUUUCCUUGUGUCUUUCUUUAUUCAUAAGACGCACCCAGUAUACACUUCCUGCCUAUAGAUUUCAUUUUAUCAUUCCGCCUUUUAACAUUUUGUAUAAGUUAACGCUAACAAAAAAUUGUAUAAUUAUGAUGCAAAAAAUAUAUUUGUAUAUAUAUUUAGGCAUACCUUGUUAUAUAGCAUCUAAGCAUGAUUGGUAAUCAAAAUAUAUAUUUGUUUCGAAUGCAA